AUGCACAUAACAGGACAACCUUAUAAAGUUCGAAACAUGACCCAAUAUCAGCGCGUGCAGCGACGAGGCGCGGACGGGCGCGGGCGGCGCGCCCUUCGACGAGCGGCGCGCGGCGUAGGCGACGGCGUCUGCGCGUGCGCUCGAGAUAAGUGCGGCGCGCCGCUUGCGCCAACUCGCUCUCGGUUUACGCUACGCGGCUCUAACGUUAAUGCAACUCUCUAUGUACCUCCGGAGAAAACAGCUGUGCAUUGUAGCCCGGCGGCGGUGGCCGCCAUGCAGAGCACUCCAGUUCGUUGUCAGCUGCGGGUGGUGCCUAUUGCUAGUGCCAGCGGCAGGUGCCUUACCAUUCCACCUGCUCAACUGUUUGUAUUAGGCCCGAGCCUUGCGAGCUGCACGCAGAAGGGCGCCGUGAACGAACUGAUUGCAUCGAUGACGUCAGCAGGAACAGGAACGCUUGAUGAUGUUGUUAGGCAUUGA